GAACUCGACAUCUUCUGAUUCGUGCUUUCUCUUGUGCUCAUCAUAUCCUACCCUCGAGCAUCCAGACAUCCCAUUCGUCUCGGUAAUGUCUAGCCCAGUCGCCAUCCCCCGCACCGAGCGCACCGCCCGCGACCUCACCCCCUCGUCGGGCUCGCCUACGGGCCUCUAUGUCCCGGUCCACAAGCGCAACGCAUCAGCAGCGUCGUCAUUGACCUCGGAGCGCCCUGCCUCCCCGCCCCGCUCACCGCGCAGCCACCCGCACAAGCGCGGCCAAUCACGGGCAAGUCUGGCUCCUUCGCACGCAUCGCCCGUGCCCAGCGCGUCCCCUCGUAAGUAGCCAUCGCGCGCCUCUUGUGCUGUGGCUGCCGCUCACGCGCGUCCGCAUGCAGUCCCCACCGCGCAUCCCCGCGUGUACGAUAUCCGCACGCUCCUCGCGCUCUCCGCGUCCCCCCUCGCGACGCUCUCUCCCGCACAGCUCGGCGCCGCCUCGGCCAUCCUCCCCUUCGUGGUCCCGUCGCCUACCUCAGCGUCCGCGUCCGAGAAGCGUGCGGCGGGCCGGCGCCGUCCCGCGCGCAAGGGCAGCGCGGGCAAGAAGCUCGUCGCGAGCAUGCAGGCGGACGUCGAGAGCCGGCGCAAGCGGCAC